AUGGAGGAAGAAUUGCCUCGGCUCAAUGAGCUUCAGCAAAAGGAACUCAACAUGCUGGUGGAGGGGCUGGGCGGCUGGGAUGAAGACACAUGCCCCGAACCGGUCUACAUCAAGCACCCCGACGCCCUAGAGUACGUGAAGGAUCUCCAGCGAUGUCUACGUAGGGAGGACCCGCAGAUGCGAAUAAUCACCCUGCAGCUCGGUCGCUGGCGAUUUGUGAGCCGGCAUCUGCUGCCGCUUCUCAUCAGCUGCUCCACCACUGGCGAGCAGGACUUGGCGUCUGCCAUCGUGAAGUUGUUGGUCACUCUCACGAUGCCGCUGCCGCGCACGGUGGGCGAGCGUGUGCGCAACGAACACCUAAGCUGGAUGCAGGAGGCCAAGGAGGGCUUCGCGCACAAGCAUGUGAUGGUGGCGAUCAUGACGUUCCUCGCCGAGCCGCUCAUGGACCGCCAUGAGGAGCACAACAACAACCUCAUCGAGCUCGUCCUCACUCUCUUCCGCAACCUUCUCCUCAUUCCCGACGGCAACCCCUCACCUACAGCUUCGAGUACCGACUACCGAGCUCACCUUCACGAUCGCCUCGUGCUUCUCUUCCACUCGGAGGACGUGUUCAGCCUGCUCAUGCUGGUUGGCCAGACGAUGGAUAGCUCGAGCCGGGGCUGGAACCUGCUGGUGCUGGAGAUCCUCCACCUGCUCCUUCGGUGGGAGACACCGCAGAGCAUCUGGGGCCACUACAUGAAGGCCCACACGACGGCAAUGCGGGCCGACCUGGUCGGCGAGGACGAGCGCGACGGCGACGAGGCCGAGGACGAAGAAGCCGAAGAGGAGCGCCGACAGGCUGUGGUGCGCAAGAUGAGCCAACUCACGACGGCUUCUCGGUUGCAGGAGCAGUUCAGGGAUGGCAGACAGCGCGUGCUCAACAAGUCGGUUCACGAGGUCACCAACUCCGUUCUUGGUCGCAUCAUCGAGAAGAAGAAGCGGGGCAUCGCCCGCUCUCACGGCAUCCAGCUCAAGAAGAUCAAGAAGACCGCCACCCGCCACUCCUCCCUCGUACGUCACGUCGUCGACUCCUUCACUUUGCUGGGAUGA